AUGACGAGUUUCGACAACCCGGGCCUUUUCUAUCAGCAACGGUUUUUUGCCACGGGUGAUGAGGAUGGGCCGCCGGAUGAGGGUCGAGAGCUGAUCAUUGAGCAUAAACAGACCGUGGAUUUGUUCCGGGAAUUUCUUCGUGAAUAUAAUCAUUAUGUGGAAGUUUCGCUGGAUGAUUUGAAGGGUUUCAACGAAGAAAUUGCAAAUAAAAUGCAGCAGUAUCCAACUCGUAUUUUGGCCGCUGUAAACUUUUAA